UAAGAAUUUAGUAUAACAACGAUGUGGGUUAGCGAAAGAGGGUUGUGAACGAAAUAAUGGUGAAUAAAAUAAUUAUUAAAAAAUAUUAAAUAAAUAAUUAAUAGAUAUUAAAAGCAACAAACGAAAAAUGUCGACUAUUUUGAAAUUAUUUUUUAUAACAACAAUAUUUGCUAAAAGUAUUCUAAUAAAAGCAGAAAAUCCCUGUAUUAAUGAAGAUACUUGCAAGGGUUGUUUAAGUGCCGAUAUUUCCUGUGCCUGGUGUACGGAUAAGCUAUACGAAUUACGUUAUCGUUGCCUUAAUCGUACUCAUAUGGAGCAUGGCUGUCAUAACGAUCAUAUUUAUGAAAAUGAACCGGAGUUCCAUACUCUAACCAAUGUCGAUCUUAAGGAUUAUGAAUUAAGCAAUAAUCGGGCAGUGCAGGUGCAGCCUCAGAGAGUUUAUUUAAAAUUAGUUAAAUCCCAUCCCGAACGUAUUAAACUCUCUUAUCGUCCAGCACGUAAUAAUCCUCUCGAUCUUUAUGUACUUAUGGAUCUAACCUGGACCAUGAGAGACGAUCGGGAAACACUAGUCAAGUUGGGUUCGGAAUUAGCUACCACUCUCAGAAAUUUAACUUCUAAUUAUCGUUUGGGUUUUGGUAGUUUUGCCGAUAAACCAGAAAUGCCUAUGAUAAUGCCACAUCUAAAAGAUAAUCCCUGUGCCACCGAAAGGCAAGUGUGUGAACCCACAUAUGGUUAUAGACAUCAUUUAACACUGACCGAAGAUGAAAAACUAUUUGUAAGAUCUGUUAAUGGUAGUAAAGUAACGGGUAAUUUGGAUAAUUUGGAGGGAGGUUUCGAUGCUUUAAUGCAAGUGUUGGUUUGUCCAAAAGAGAUCGGAUGGAAAGAAGAGGCCCGUAAGGUGGUUAUUUUGGUAACCGAUGGUUUUAUGCAUUUUGCGGGAGAUGGUCUAUUAGCGGGUAUUACCAAACGUAAUGAUAAAAAAUGUCAUUUAAAUGCGCAAGGCGAAUAUUUGGGUUCUUUGGAAUACGAUUAUCCCUCAUUGGAGGAAAUCUAUAGAGAAUUAGUGAAGAGGAAAAUAAGUGUAAUUUUUGCGGUAACAGAGGAGGUGGUUACUACUUAUAGGGAGAUAAGUAAUCUAAUGAAGGAAAUAAGUAAUGUAGAGAUUUUGAGAGCAGAUUCGUCUAAUAUUUUGGAAUUGAUAAAGAAAAGUUACGAGAGUUUUAUCAAACGCACCCAAUUUACUGACAAUAGUCCCGAUUUUAUAAAAAUGGAGUAUGAGACAGAUUGUGGUGGCCAGUUUCCGACUUUAAGAAAACGCAACUAUUGCAAUAAUGUGGAAUUGGGUAAGACUGUGGACUUUUAUAUCAACGUUACUCUCACCGAUUUUCCCGACAAUGGAGUUUAUAUUCAUAAAAUACGCGUGGAAGAAUCAGCUUUAAAUGAGUUCAUGGAAAUUGAAGUGGAAAUACAAAAACCUUGCCCUUGUCUUGAAGACGCAGAUCCUGAGGAUGAAUAUGGUCGAUUUCAGUGCAACGAAAAUGGUUUUCUGCAAUGCGGCAUGUGUCAAUGUGAUGCAGGAUGGACUGGCACCUUUUGUACUUGCCCCACCGAUGCUACCAAUGCCACCACAAACGAAGCCAUUGAAAAUCUUUGUCGGCAACCCUUUGAUUUGGUUAAUUCCCAGGAAUUGGGACCCGUUUGUUCGAAUCGUGGUGAAUGUGAUUGUGGCUCGUGUUUUUGUGCCCCUGGUUUUAAUGGCAAAUUCUGUGAGUGUCCUGAGUGCGAUAUUGACUGUGAUCCCGAGAGGGCCGAUUGCGUGUGUGGAAAAUGCAUUUGCAAAUAUGGUUGGUCGGGAAAUCGCUGCAACUGUAAAGAGAGUACAGAUGGCUGUAUCGGUCCUACAGGAGAAAUUUGUUCUGGUCGGGGCUAUUGUGAGUGUGGCGAGUGUUUGUGUAAUGAUCCAUAUGUGGGUAAAUUUUGUGAAAUUGGUUCAGAAACUGAAAAUAAACUGUGCGCAUUCUAUGAGCCUUGUGUGACCUGCCUGAUCGAAGAGAAAACCGAUAUGGGUAAAUGUGAGAAGACAACGGAAAUAUGUUCUAGUGCCGAGAAAAAUGAAAGAUUUACAACGGCCUUUGUAACCGAAGAAAUAGACUCCGAUAUACGCUGUUUAGCUCGUGUGGAAAAUAAAUUUGGCAUCAAGUGUGACCACUAUUUUACCUAUCAGACCAUGGGUCAAUCCGAGAACUAUUUACUUAUACAACUUAACAGUUGUGAACCUGUAAAUUAUGUGGCGGUAGUAGGUUUUGUGUCUGUCGCCACAUUCAUUUUGGGUUUACUCUUGAUUCUUAUCAUUUGGGCUUGUAUACGUGCUAAAGAUGCUCGUGAAUACGCCCGUUUUGAGGAGGAUCAACGUAACAGUUACCUAAUGGAGAGCCCUAUUUAUAGGGAUCCCAUUAGUAGAUAUAUAGUACCGAAAGAAGUUAAUCGUAAACAAAGCAAUCCAUUUUUAUAAUUAUUUAGAAUAAGCAAAAGAAUGACAAUAAACUAUUUAGUUAAGAUAAACAUCA